UCGUCCUCCAUGGCACAGAAAGCAAAGAACACAAAUGCAACGACUCAGAGACCCGUAGCCCAAACCUCGAGACCUUCCGCGACUGCUACGGGCCCUGCUGGCAGUGUCUCUAAGCGGAAUCUCUGGCAGUCCUGGAUGGUGCUGCCUCCACAAACACGACUAAGGAUAUCUGCCGCUGUAUGCGCCGCGAGUCUCGUGGGUCUUUUCAUAUCCGACGGCCUGGAGUACGCAAUGCCAGCCAAGGAGGAACCAGCCACAAAGCCCUCAUCUGCACCGUCAUGAUCGUGUCGUAUGCGAACCUUCGAGUACGGAGAUUACAUGAAAUUAAUGUGCUAUAACAUAGAUCAAUAUACAGGGAGUGUGGGAUAAUAUAGCAUGCUGAAGGCAGGGCGUUUCGUGUUCGUGCGGUUAGGCUAUGCCGUCGUAAGGAUCGGGGGUAGUUAUGUGAGUAUGAUUGUGCUGGACCCUGUCCGAUAUGGUCACGUCUUGGUGUGGGUAUGAUGGUUCCGU